AUGGUUUUCCACAGCAAAGACGCACAUCAAUAUUAUGCAGACCUUAUCCGCGAGCGCUUUCUGGAAGCAGCUGCAGACAUCGUGGACCAACUUGGCAGAUCCAACUGGGAACGCUACAAACGUAUCUCAGCUGAGAGGUCUGCAAACGUACAAGAUUCGAAAUUUCCUGGGGACGCAUCUGCUGAGGAUUUCCUUGUAGCUGGAAAGGCUUUAUCGGAGGUGACAGCAUCACGGUUUCAAGACUCGGGCCUUGGUAGUUCUUUGCCUACUAAAACAGACUAUGCUCCAAGCAUGACCUCCUAUUUCUCCAGCUUGGCAGACGGAGAUCGUCCGGAUAUCCCGGCCCUGCCGGAUGAGGCCAGACGAGGAAUGCCCUUCGAAUGCGAUGCCUGUGGAAGGAUGAUUCGAGUGACGAACAAGAGAGAUUGGAAGUGGGUAAUACAAUUCGUAUCGCACUACGGACGAUCUGACAACGCUAGGAAACACAUCUACCAGGAUCUAAAACCCUACGUCUGUUUCUAUCCUCGCUGCGCUUACAACGUGACUCCAUUCGAAAAUCGCGAGCUGUGGGUGGAUCAUCUACGUCUGGAGCAUAGUCUCGUGUCGACAGAUGCGCCUUUUGAAUGUGUACUCUGCCCACAAGUACAUACGACAGGUAGAGGCGCAAUCUCUACCCACCUCGCAAGGCACAUGGAGGAGAUAUCGCUUGCAGCACUGCCCCGUGGUACGGACUCCGAAGUCGGUUCCGAGGAUGGGUCUUUGGAGUCGCAGAAAUAUUCGGUAACCAGCGGUGCUUCUGGUGCCUUGGAUCCGACUUACGAAUGGUCAGUAUACGGAUGGGGCAAUGUGGGCGACGGCUUUACAGAACAUCUGCCCGAGUCUGCUCACUUCGUUGGAGAAGGCUCUGGCGCGCUCACGUCAGCGGCCUCCUCCUACGAAGCAAUGCUGAAGCAAGACGACCUCUACUAUGACUCCGUUGAAGGUGAAGAUGGAUCUUUACAUAACCCAACUACAACCAUGGAGCCGAGCUGGACUAACGUCUCGGAUGACGAGAAUGGCGAGGACUCGCUCAUUACGGACGCUCGUUCUCUGAAUCACAAGACAGGGCACGUCAUGUUUACUUGUUAUCAAUGUCAAGCGAAGUUCCCCGCCGCCUCAGAAUUAGACGAGCAUGCGCGGACCGAGGCCCACGCAGCGUAUGCAUGCUCAGAGACGGGAUGUACAUCAACCUUCUCUAGGCACGAUGUGUACGAACGCCAUGAGACAAACCACUUACGCGAAACUCCACGCUUUCCGUGUCCCCACUGUAAGAAACACCGCGGUAUGAAGGGGUUUAAGCGGAAGGACUAUCUUAAACGGCAUUUACGUCAUUAUCACCACAUCGGCGAAAAAGAGACCCAGGUUGCGUAUCGGAGGUCUUGCGGACACAAAGACUGUUCAGGGAAUGACGAUCUCGAAGCUUCCGAGUAUACCACGCAUAUGCGGAAGGUUCACGACGAGUCUGAUUUUCCCUGCCUGAUACCGGGUUGCAAUCGCGUAAAGAGUAAGGGCUACUUUAGGCGCCGUGACCUCGACAAGCAUCAGCGCAAGGAACACCCGCAAAUAUUUGAGGGAGAACAUAGCACAACUGACGGGGGUGAUGUCAUGGGGCCUUUUUUCAUUGUUUGA